GGGGGGCGGUGCUUGGGGAUCCUGCGCACUGCGCGCGCCCCUCCCCCGCGCGGCUCCGGGCACAGCCCCGGCCCGGCGCGAGUAGGAGGAGGAGCUGCGGCGGCCGCGGCCACUCCGGCAGGUCCGCGGUACUGCCAGAACCCGCCGACGGCGCGGGCUGCUGGUCCCCGCUGGGAGGAGGCGCGGGCGGCCCCGGGACCAUGGAGUCUGGUGACGCGGCGCGCCCUGGCUCGGGUCGGGCUACCGGGGCGCCGCCGCCGCGGCUGCUGCUGCUGCCGCUGCUGCUGGGUCGGGGGCUGCAAGUCGCGGCCGCGGCCUCGGCCUCCUCCUCUGGGGCGGCGGCUGAGGACAGCAGCGCCAUGGAGGAGCUCGCUACUGAGAAGGAGGCGGAGGAGAGCCACCGGCAAGACAGCGUGAGCCUGCUCACCUUCAUCCUGCUGCUCACGCUCACCAUCCUCACCAUCUGGCUCUUCAAGCACCGCCGGGUGCGCUUUCUGCACGAGACCGGGCUGGCCAUGAUCUAUGGGCUCAUUGUUGGGGUGAUCCUGAGGUAUGGUAUCCCUGCUACCAGUGGCCGUGACAAAUCACUCAGCUGUACUCAGGAAGACAGGGCCUUCAGUACCUUAUUAGUGAAUGUCAGCGGAAAGUUCUUCGAAUACACUCUGAAAGGAGAAAUCAGCCCUGGCAAGAUCAACAGCGUAGAGCAGAAUGAUAUGCUACGGAAGGUAACAUUCGAUCCAGAAGUAUUUUUCAACAUUCUUCUGCCUCCAAUUAUUUUUCAUGCUGGAUACAGCUUAAAGAAGAGACACUUUUUCAGAAAUCUUGGGUCUAUACUGGCCUAUGCCUUCUUGGGGACUGCUGUUUCAUGCUUCAUUAUUGGAAAUCUCAUGUAUGGUGUGGUGAAGCUCAUGAAGAUUAUGGGACAGCUCUCUGAUAAAUUUUACUACACAGAUUGUCUCUUUUUUGGAGCAAUCAUCUCUGCCACUGACCCAGUGACUGUGCUGGCAAUAUUUAAUGAAUUGCAUGCAGACGUGGAUCUUUACGCACUUCUUUUUGGAGAGAGUGUCCUAAAUGAUGCCGUUGCCAUUGUACUGUCCUCGUCUAUUGUUGCCUACCAGCCAGCAGGACUGAACACUCACGCCUUUGAUGCUGCUGCCUUUUUUAAGUCAGUUGGCAUUUUUCUAGGUAUAUUUAGUGGCUCUUUUACCAUGGGAGCUGUGACUGGUGUUGUGACUGCUCUAGUGACUAAGUUUACCAAACUGCACUGCUUCCCCCUGCUGGAGACAGCGCUCUUCUUCCUCAUGUCCUGGAGCACGUUUCUUUUGGCAGAAGCCUGCGGAUUUACAGGUGUUGUAGCUGUCCUUUUCUGUGGAAUCACACAAGCUCAUUACACCUACAACAAUCUGUCGGUGGAAUCAAGAAGUCGAACCAAGCAGCUCUUUGAGGUGUUACAUUUCCUGGCAGAGAACUUCAUCUUCUCCUACAUGGGCCUGGCACUGUUUACCUUCCAGAAGCACGUUUUCAGCCCCAUUUUCAUCAUUGGCGCUUUUGUUGCCAUCUUCCUGGGCAGAGCUGCGCACAUCUACCCGCUUUCCUUCUUCCUCAACUUGGGCAGAAGGCAUAAGAUUGGCUGGAAUUUUCAACACAUGAUGAUGUUUUCAGGCCUCAGGGGAGCAAUGGCAUUUGCGUUGGCCAUCCGUGACACGGCAUCCUAUGCUCGCCAGAUGAUGUUCACGACCACCCUUCUCAUCGUGUUCUUCACCGUCUGGAUCAUUGGAGGAGGCACAACACCCAUGUUGUCAUGGCUUAACAUCAGAGUUGGUGUUGACCCCGAUCAAGACCCACCACCCAACAAUGACAGCUUUCAAGUCUUACAAGGGGACGGCCCAGAUUCUGCCAGAGGAAACCGGACAAAACAGGAGAGCGCAUGGAUAUUCAGGCUGUGGUACAGCUUUGAUCACAAUUACCUGAAGCCCAUCCUCACACACAGCGGCCCCCCACUAACCACCACGCUCCCUGCCUGGUGUGGCUUGCUGGCUCGAUGUCUGACCAGUCCCCAGGUGUAUGAUAACCAAGAGCCACUGAGAGAGGAAGACUCCGAUUUCAUCCUGACCGAAGGCGACCUGACAUUGACGUACGGGGACAGCACAGUGACUGCAAAUGGCUCCUCAAGUUCGCACACCGCCUCCACGAGUCUGGAGGGCAGCCGGAGAACGAAGAGCAGCUCGGAGGAAGUGCUGGAGCGAGACCUGGGAAUGGGAGACCAGAAGGUUUCGAGCCGGGGCACCCGCCUAGUGUUUCCUCUGGAAGAUAAUGCUUGACUUUCCCCCCAAACCCUGGCACGAUGGGGUAGGCUCCCGAUUGGGUGAGGACGGCCUAGUGUUGUUUGAGGUGGGGCAGUGACUAGGUUGAACUAACUCUUCUAUUUUAUUGGAGUCUGAAGCUAUCGUAACACUUAAAAUUUAAUUCACAAUGCAGAUGGUGAGGCAAAAGUGUCUCUAAAUUCAGACAAAUAUAGACCUAUUCCCACUUUUUUUCACAUAGUGCGCUGUUUCAGAGUUAAACAAAAAAAUAGCAUGCUUUAAUGGUCUCCUAAUUCAUUCACCUGCAGUAUCUGAACAAGGCGAGGCAGGUGCUGGGCGGGGGAUUCCUCCCAUGAGAGGCUGCAUCUCAGUACACAGCAGUGCAAGUCAAGCUGACCAUAGAAAUAUCAAGUUAAAGAGAAGGAAGGCAAUUGAGAUCGGAACUCCAAGGAUUAUGGGAAACUGGUGUUAAAUGGGACAGAAAACAUGAAAAAGCAAUUUGAGUGGAGGCUCUGGCAACGAAGGCUGCUUGACUGCAACCUCAUAUCAGCAUUCCUGACUUUAUGCUGCCUGUGUUUUUUCUAGACUGAAGAUUUGAAAAUACAUCCAUGAACAUUUCAACAUGGAACAAAGAAUUAUAGUUCCUUCUCUGGUGAUAUCCAUAAAGAAGUAGUUAUGAAAUGUUUAAAACCAAA